GUCCAGCAGCAGACGGAGCCAAGUCCCAACCAGGAAGGGCCUCCGAGCAUUGGGACACCAACGCCACUGUCUCCAAGACACAGUCUGGAGUGAAAGAUGGCGCUGACCGGGUACAGCUGGCUCCUCCUCAGUGCCGUGUUCCUGAAUGUGCGGGCCGAGAUCUCCAUCACCCCAGAGCCUGCCCAGCCAGCUGAGGGGGAUAAUGUCACACUGGUUGUCCACGGGCUUUCAGGGGAACUGCUUGCCUACAACUGGUACGCGGGGCCCACACUCAGCGUAUCUUAUCUGGUGGCCAGCUAUAUCGUGAGCACAGGCGAUGAGACCCCUGGUCCAACCCAUACGGGGCGAGAGACUGUGCGCCCUGACGGCAGCCUGGACAUCCAGGGCGUCCUGCCCAGGCACUCGGGCACCUACAUCCUGCAGACCCUCAAUAGACAGUUUCAGACCGAGGUGGGCUACGGACACUUGCAGGUCUAUGAGAUCCUGGCCCAGCCUGUAGUCGUGGCCAACAACACGGCACUAGUGGAGCGUCGCGACACCCUGCGCCUGCUGUGCAGCAGCCCCAGCCCUGCUGAGGUCCGCUGGUUCUUCAAUGGCGAGGCCCUGCCCAUUGCCAUCCGCCUUGGCUUGUCCCCCGACGGCCGGGUACUGACCCGGCAUGGCAUCCGCAGGGAGGAGGCUGGAGCCUAUCAGUGUGAGGUGUGGAACCCGGUCAGUGUCAGCCGCAGUGAGCCCAUCAACCUGACCGUGUACUUUGGCCCAGAACGAGUGGCCAUCCUCCAAGACUCCACCACCCGCACGGGCUGCACCAUCAAGGUUGACUUCAACACAUCCAUCACACUGUGGUGCGUGUCCAGGUCCUGCCCAGAGCCCGAGUAUGUGUGGGCCUUCAACGGGCGGGCCCUAAAGAAUGGCCAAGAUCACCUCAACAUCAGUAGCAUGACGGCAGCUCAGGAGGGCACGUACACAUGUAUUGCCAAGAACACCAAGACCCUGCUGUCUGGAUCUGCCUCAGUGGUGGUCAAGCUCUCAGCUGCAGCAGUUGCCAUGAUGAUCGUGCCCAUUCCCGCCAAACCGAUGGAGGGCCAGGACGUGACACUAACUGUUCAGGGCUACCCCAAGGACCUGCUGGUCUACGCCUGGUACCGCGGGCCUGCCUCCGAGCCCAGUCGGCUGCUCAGCCAACUGCCAUCGGGGAACUGGAUCGCAGGCCCUGCGCACACAGGCCGGGAGGUGGGUUUCGCCAACUGCUCGCUGCUGGUGCAGAAACUGAAUCUCACUGAUGCCGGCCGAUACACGCUCAAGACCGUCACACUGCAGGGCAAGACAGAGACUCUGGAAGUGGAGCUACAAGUGGCCCGUGAGUGUGCAAGAGGGGGUAGGGGAUGCCUCUAUUCAGAUAAAGGCUUCUAA